ACGAAAUUAUGAAGCCCCAAAGUCUGCCGAUCUCAGCUCCCUCACACGUGCGCCACAGACUAGUUCUUCCAUUCGGAACGACGACGACAUGGUAAUCCUACGGUACUACGACGUGCAGGCCCACGAUGCGGCCGAGGAGCAGUCCGUGCUGCGUCGCCUCCAGGCUGAAGACAGCAGUGUGGUCUCGGUUCGUCUGGAGCGGUGCUAUCACCUGGAGUAUAACGGCCAGGCAGAGCACUCUGUGGCGCUGGACGAUCUUCUUGUCUGGCUUGUGAAACAUCCCAUGAGCAGUGGCCAGAGUCUGACCAAGGAAACCGUCCUCCGCUCGGAGGGUCCUCGUCAACUCCUUCUGGAGGUUGGACCACGUUUCAACUUUUCCACGCCCUACUCCACCAACUGUGUCAACAUCUUCCACAACCUGGGUUACUCCGAGGUUCGGCGCAUGGAAACCUCCAACCGCUACCUUCUGACCUUCGCUGGGGACUCGGUAGCCCGGGAUCCCUCGAAAUUUUUCCCUCUCCUGGGUGAUCGCAUGACGCAGUGCCUCUACACGUCGGAGAACUUGCCAAAGGCUAGUUUCGAUGAGCAGCUGCCCUCGCGUCAGGCGGACUGGCACUUUGUUCCUAUCCUGGAGGAAGGACCGGCUGCCUUGGAGCGUGUCAACAAGGAACUGGGUCUUGCAUUCACUGACUUUGACCUCGAGUACUAUUACGAACUCUUCGCCAAGACCCUGGGACGCAACCCCACCACCGUUGAGCUGUUCGACUGCGCUCAGAGCAACAGCGAGCACUCCCGGCAUUGGUUCUUCCGUGGCCGCAUGGUUAUCGACGGGGAGGAGCAGCCCAAAUCCCUCAUCCGAAUGAUCAUGGACACGCAAGCCCACACGAAUCCGAACAACACCAUAAAGUUCAGCGACAACAGUAGCGCCAUGCGGGGAUUCAAGUACGAUGCCAUAGUGCCGUCCUCCGUGGUGGCUCCUGGUCCAGUAAGUCUGGGUAGAUUGGAGUCUGACCUCAUCUUCACGGCUGAGACUCAUAAUAUGCCCACUGCAGUGGCGCCAUUUAGCGGUGCCACCACCGGUACCGGUGGACGAUUGCGUGACGUCCAGGGCGUUGGAAGAGGAGGCGUUCCUAUCGCUGGCACAGCAGGUUACUGCGUUGGCGCUCUUCACAUUCCAGGUUACAAUCAGCCUUAUGAACCUUCGGACUGCCAGUACCCUUCGACCUUUGCUCCUCCACUGCAGGUGCUGAUCGAGGCCAGCAACGGCGCCUCGGACUACGGCAACAAGUUCGGCGAGCCGGUGAUCUCCGGCUUUGCCCUGUCCUACGGCCUUAGAAACGUGGCAGAUCCCAGCCAGCGUAACGAAUUCGUAAAGCCAAUCAUGUUCAGCGGCGGUCUGGGUACCAUGCCGGCAACCAUGCGGGAGAAACUGCCGCCGGUUCGCGGCUACCUCCUUGCCAAGAUUGGAGGUCCAGUGUAUAGGAUUGGUGUAGGCGGCGGUGCUGCCAGUUCCGUGGAAGUCCAAGGCUCUGGAGACGCCGAGCUGGACUUCAAUGCAGUACAGCGAGGCGAUGCUGAGAUGGAAAACAAGCUCAAUCGGAUGGUACGGGCCUGCCUCGAACUGGGCGAUAAGAAUCCCAUUUUGGCCAUUCACGAUCAGGGCGCCGGCGGCAAUGGAAACGUGCUCAAGGAGCUAGUGGAGCCUGGCUUCGCCGGAGCUUUGAUUUUCUCGAAAGAGUUUCAACUGGGUGAUCCCACUAUCACUGCCCUGGAGCUGUGGGGUGCUGAGUACCAGGAGAACAACGCUAUUCUCUGCAAGGCUGAAGAUCGAGAUGUUCUGGAAAGGAUCUGUGAACGCGAACGAUGCCCCAUCAGCUUUGUGGGAGUGGUAACUGGCGACGGAAAAGUUACCCUUCUGGAGGAGGCUGCACCCAAGGAUCUGGAGAAGGCUCUGUCCGUCAGUACCAGCGGGAAAACUGCUCCAUUCAGCCUGGAUCUGAAGUACGUCUUGGGCGAUAUGCCAAAAAGAACUUAUGAGCUGACCAGAGAGGUGACGCCUCUGAAGGAUUUGGAGUUUCCAAAAGACAUCCGCUUGGAUAAUGCCCUGGAGCGCGUUCUAAGCUUGGUGGCUGUGGGCAGUAAACGCUUCCUUACCAACAAGGUGGAUCGCUGCGUCGGAGGACUCAUCGCGCAGCAACAGUGCGUCGGUCCGCUGCAGGCUCCCUUGGCAGACUACGCCCUGACCACCGUCUCGCAUUUUACCAACGCCGGCAUCGCCACUUCUAUUGGCACUCAGCCGCUGAAGGGUCUUCUUGAUCCCGCUGCCAUGGCUAGGAUGUGCGUGGCGGAGGCGAUCAGCAACCUCGUCUUUGUCAAGAUCACCGAAUUGGCAGACGUCAAGUGCUCCGGCAACUGGAUGUGGGCCGCCAAGUUACCGGGGGAGGGAGCUAAGAUGUACGAUGCGUGCAAGGAGCUCUGCAGCGUCCUGGAGGAGCUGCACAUAGCCAUCGACGGAGGAAAAGACUCUCUAUCCAUGGCUGCAAAGGUGGGCAAAGAGACCAUCAAGUCCCCGGGUACUCUGGUCAUCUCCACAUACGCUCCGUGUCCGGACGUGCGACUAAAGGUUACUCCUGACCUAAAAGGACCUGCCUCAGGCUCCAAAACCGUCCUGCUUUGGAUUCAUUUGGAGGAUAAGCUUCGCCUUGGCGGCUCUGCGCUGGCCCAGGCCUACGCUCAGCAGGGCAAGGAGUCACCAAACCUGCUGAGAACCGACCGGCUGGCUAAGGCCUUCGCCGUAACCCAAACCCUGCUGGGAGAAGAGGUGCUCCGGGCCGGCCACGAUGUCAGCGACGGAGGUCUUCUCGUUUGCCUCGUGGAGAUGGCUAUCGGCGGAUUAAGUGGUCUCGAAGUGGACUUGGCGGUGCCUCUGGCCAAGCUGAAGCAUUACGAUGCGUCCGUGGAAAAGAUUGGACGCCCUGAGCUGGCGCUCCUCUUUGCCGAGGAAUGCGGAUGGGUGGUGGAGCUCCUGGAGUCGGAUUUGCCACGAGUCAGGUCGAUGUACAGCGAUGCUGGAGUGCCCACCUACCAGUUGGGUGCGACAACUGGAUUUGGACUUGGCUCCCGCUUCGUUGUCAAGUCGGGCAAGUCCACCCUUUUGGACCUUCCCGUUCGUCAGCUGUACAAGCAGUGGGAGCGAACCAGCUAUGAGUUGGAGAAAUUGCAGGCCAACGAGGAGUGCGCCCAGGCGGAGUAUGACAGUCUAGAAUUCCGCCAGGCUCCCCAGUACAAGGGACCUGCUAACCUUCAAGCGGAGCUUACCCUCAAGCGGUCCUCGGUGCCCGUUCGCGUGGCCGUACUGCGGGAGGAGGGCGUCAACAGUGAGCGCGAGAUGAUGGCCUGCCUCCUCAGGGCUAACUUCGAGGUCCACGACGUGACCAUGUCCGAUCUUUUGAAGGGCUCCACCACACUAUCCCAAUACCAAGGACUGAUCUUUCCCGGAGGCUUCAGCUAUGCAGACACCUUGGGAUCGGCAAAGGGCUGGGCAGCCAACAUCCUCCACAGCCAGAGCCUGAAGAGCCAGUUUGAGGCCUUUAAGAAACGCCAGGACGUUUUCUCCCUCGGCAUUUGCAACGGAUGCCAACUAAUGACCCUGAUUGGUUUCGUUGGAAACCCCAAAACCCAAAUGGGAACGGAUCCUGACUUGGCUUUGCUCCACAAUCGCUCCCAGAGAUUCGAAUGCCGCUGGUCCACUGUUAGAAUUCCACCUAACCGCUCGAUUAUGCUGGGAAACAUGGAUGACCAGGUCCUGGGCUGUUGGGUGGCCCAUGGCGAAGGACGCUUUGCCUUCCGGGACGAGAGCCUCAUUGAAACUCUCCAGUCGGAGCGAUUGGUCACCUUGCAAUAUGUAAACGACCAGGGCGAACCUACGGAACUCUACCCCAUGAAUCCGAAUGGUAGUCCUCAGGGUAUAGCCGGGCUGUGCUCGCCGGAUGGCCGCCACUUGGCUCUCAUGCCGCAUCCAGAGCGGUGCAGCUCCAUGUACCAAUGGCCCUAUGUGCCUCCCGGCUUUGAGGUUCCCGCCUCGAACACCGAAAGCCCUUGGCAGGUGAUGUUCAACAAUGCCUACAACUGGUGUGUCACUGAGGAUAAGUGA